UACAAAUGGCGACCAUGGCGACGUUUCGAUGAAAGUGACAUUCUCGUGAUUCGAAAUGUGUGUUAAAGCACACGUUUAAAACGUAAUAAAUAAGUGUUGCACUGUAAAUAAAUAAUUUAGAACAUUAAGGAAGAGUUGUUUGAGAUUUAUCGUGAGCGAUUAGUAAAUGGGAUAAUGGCGGUAAACGCGAACGUAUUGUCGAGUGACAUUAGCCGACGUAAUCCACAGGACGAGUAUGAACUCAUUCAGAAAAUAGGAAGUGGAACUUACGGCGAUGUUUAUAAGGCCAAGAGGCUAUUAAUGAGUGAUCUCGCGGCUAUCAAGGUUAUUAAGCUCGAGCCAGGCGAUGAUUUUGCUAUUAUACAACAAGAGAUUUUAAUGAUGAAAGAUUGUAGACAUCCCAAUAUUAUCGCUUACUAUGGCAGUUAUCUACGACGAGAUAAGCUUUGGAUUUGCAUGGAAUAUUGCGGAGGUGGCUCUUUGCAGGAUAUUUAUCACAUCACAGGGCCGCUAUCAGAGAUCCAAAUAGCUUUCAUGUGUCGCGAAACUCUUCUGGGUUUGGCAUACUUGCACGGCAUGGGCAAAAUGCACAGAGAUAUCAAAGGCGCCAACAUAUUAUUGACUGAAGGUGGCGAUGUGAAACUCGCUGAUUUUGGAGUGUCUGCUCAAAUAACAGCGACGAUAAACAAGAGAAAGAGUUUCAUUGGGACGCCUUACUGGAUGGCACCGGAGGUUGCUGCUGUUGAAAGGAAAGGUGGAUACAAUCAAUUGUGCGAUAUCUGGGCGUGUGGAAUAACUGCUAUUGAGCUCGCUGAACUGCAACCACCGAUGUUUGAUUUGCAUCCCAUGCGAGUAUUGUUUCUCAUGUCUAAAUCAGGAUUCAAACCUCCGACGUUGAAAGAUCGUGACAAAUGGAGUCCGACGUUUCAUAAUUUUGUUAAAGUAUCGCUCACAAAGAAUCCUAAGAAGCGUCCAACAGCCGAGAAAUUACUGCAGCAUGCCUUCUUUCAAGGAGAGAUGAACAAGAGAUUAGCGUUAGAAUUAUUGCAAAAAGUUUCAAAUCCGAGUCACAUGUUCACGGAAUUGGAGGCUGACGAAGACGGAGCAGUGCCAAAUGUACCUCACAGAAUAGCUUCGAGACAUACAGCGAGGUCCAGACCAAAGAGUCCCACGUCUCAAUUAGACUGUGAUGAUCAAAUAAAUCUCGAUGACGGAACGUUACAAAGGGAUUCGGUAACCCCGCCGGUGGAUGGAAAUCCAGCUUGGGAUAUCAUGGAUAUCAUGAACAACGUUAAGACUGUCCACAAUUGUGAUGUACAUCCCGACUGCGGAAUUGGCAGCGGUUUCGAAGGCGUCCAAGAAAAUGUUACAGAGGAUAAUAGAUUGUCCCGUCGAAGCAAAACUGGCACCGAGAUAUUCCGUAUGAGUCUAAGGAGUCUAUUGCAGUACAUUGAUGAGGAGUUGUUGCUAAGAGCAACGUUGCCUCUCGGUGAAUCAGCGAACGAUUGCGAGGUACAUCGCGAAGAAAGAUUGCGAGGUUUUUACUCGGGGUCGGAAGCAAGUCUCAGGCGUCACACCUCUUUGGACGAGUUGUAUCGGUUUCUGGGCGGCUCCAUGGUUUUAGCCGUUGUCAAUAGGCAACGUCAACGCUCAUUAUCGGACAGCGGGCCUAGAGACGAGUCCUCUCGGUACAAUGGGGACAAAGAAAUACCGAAUAAUGGAGACGGCGAGGGAAUGGAACCCGAUUUGCUUUCGGAUACACCACCUGUGCCUCCGAGACGAAGGGACAGGAAGAGACACACUCCGCCACGACCAACCAGCAACGGUUUACCGCCUACGCCAAAAGUUCACAUGGGAGCGUGCUUUUCGAAGGUCUUCAAUGGAUGUCCGUUGAGGAUACAUUGCACGGCAAGUUGGAUACAUCCAGAUACGAGAGAUCAGCAUUUAUUGAUCGCAGCUGAGGAGGGAAUUUACAAUUUAAAUUUAAACGAACUUCAUGAAACUGCUAUCGAUCAAUUAUAUCCGAGACGUACGAUUUGGAUGUACGUUAUCAAAGACGUGCUGAUGUCGUUAUCCGGUAAAACGCCCCAACUGUACAGACAUGAUCUCCUAGCGAUGCAGAGCAAACAAACUCAUAGGUUUUCUUUGCAUAUGAAUAAAAUACCAGAAAGGUUAGUGCCGAGAAAAUUUGCCCUCACGACCAAAGUACCAGACACGAAAGGAUGCAGCAAAUGUUGCGUCGGUAGAAAUCCUUACAACGGGUACAAAUACCUCUGCGGUGCGAUGCCGGCAGGAAUAUUUCUCAUGCAGUGGUAUGAUCCGUUGAAUAAAUUCAUGCUUUUAAAACACUUCGAGUGUACUCUACCGUCACCGUUGAACGUCUUUGAAAUGGUAAUUGCUCCACAAAUGGAAUAUCCAAUGGUGUGUGUGUCGGUGAAACAGGCGUAUCAACAAAACAAACUGAAACUCGAUCUAAUUAACAUGAAUUCCGGCGCGAGCUGGUUUCACAGCGACGAAUUGGAGGACAUGGAUGGUUCGGCCACCGUUAUCCCACGCCGUGAAAAUCUUCAGGUCAUCAACGUGACUCAAUUAGAAAAAGAUUCGAUACUCGUUUGUUACGAUAAUGUCGUCAAAGUCGUAACCCUACAAGGCAAGCCCCGUGUCAGCAAAAAACAAAUGUCGGAAUUGCAUUUUAAUUUCCACAUUGAAUCGAUCAUAUGUUUGCCGGACAGUGUGUUAGCAUUUCACAAGCACGGCAUGCAAGGCAGAAGUUUAAAAAAUGGCGAAGUAACGCAGGAAAUAAGUGAUCCAAGUAGGACCUACAGGCUGCUUGGUUCGGACAAGGUUGUGAUGCUGGAGAGCCACUUGGUUCAUUCGGGAACAUUGACGGAGACUGAAGGGGCUGAUUUGUAUAUACUCGCUGGACACGAAGCCAGUUACUAGCCUUCAUUAGUUUAAAUUAUCGAGGCGAGACGAUUUUGUAUAAUACCGGGCAUGACGAUUGGAAGCUGCAAGUAAAUUAACAUUUAUUCAUUAUAUUUGCACGUAAAGUAUGGUUUUGUUAGAAGAAAAAAAAACAAAGCAAAACAUGAUAAACCAUUCGUCGUUAUUUAGCUAUUCAAAUUUUUGUCGUUUUACGUUAUAUUCAAUUAUUAUUAUGUAUAUAUGAUAUACGAUGGGAAAAACUGGCAAAAAACCCAAUAAUUCGGUCUUACACAAUUCACAUGACACACAAAUAAUUUAUGGUUCAUGUCCCGUCACUGCAACUGAACGUUCACGUUCGAUAAGUGAAAAAAAAAACUGUAACAAGCAAACGAACAAUCCUUAUGAUUUGUUGUAUGGUUUAGAAAGAGUAUGCGAGUCAUUUGUUUAAUGUGAUUCUUCCUCAUGAAGAGAUUCGAAAAAAUGGCUGUCGAAAUUAUUUGGUAUAUACUUGAAAAUUGUAGCUAAUUUUCUCUUUACUCGUUUCUUGGAAUCCUUGGGAUUUUUUUCAACUGACAAGAAUAUUUUUAUGGCGUUGUUAAAUGACACUAUAUUCUCAGCUUGAAGACUGCUAAAGAGUGUAAUUUAUUCACGAUAGGAUAAUAUUUUUACUAGAGAAAUGCUAGCCCUUGAAUGCUAGAAAAGUCAGAAAAUUCUUUAUAUAAAGUAAGAAAAAAAAAAAUAUUGAACACUUGCCCAUUACAAUUGCGAGAGUUGGAUCGAUGCUACAUUUUUCUUUUUUAUAUCUCUCGCCGAAAGUAGUAUGUCCCAGAGACGAUAAACAAUGACGGAACACCAUGGAUACCUGUGUAAUUAAUUCGAGGAUAAAAUCGCCUGGAAACGUACGAUUAAAGUAAAGGAUAAGAGACAAAGAAAAAUGUGUAUCUAAUUGGAGUCGGAAGAAUCGAAGUGUUUGAAAUUUCAAUCGAAAAUUCAGACGAUUAAUCAUUAAAGUGUCUUGAUUGAUGUAAAAUAUUUAAGAAUCAAUAGAAUCCCAGUACUAUCAUUUAAAGAUAACUAGCGCGAUGGAAGGAAAAAUGAUAUCUUUAAGAAAGAGAAAAAAAGACAUUCCCAAUCGGAAAUUUUCAUUAUUAACAAAAAUUCGUCUGUUGUUAUAUUGUAUAUUUCUUUAUUCGAUCAGUCUCGAUGUGCUUUAUGAGAAUAGAUGUGUAAUGCACAAGACAAAAUAUGAAUGCGAUGAAAAACAAAAGACUAGAUAUGUGACAAAAUGAACAUUUCAAAAAUAUUCUGCGAUCCAGUUUUAACAUUAAGAGAAGCAGAUGGUAUUGCUCUCGAAUUCAUUGUUUCAAAAGAUUACAAUUAGAAAAUAUCUUUGUGUAUUACUUACGGUAAAUUCAUUGAGAAGACGAGAAAAAACAUUGAUGGAAACGAAGUGACGUAUGAGCGGAUCAACUUGUUAGUCUUCCAGUUUUACAGACAAUUUCUUAGUGUCUGUCAUCAUUUUUUUCCAGCGAUAAGGUGACAUUCAGCGACCUGACGAAAGUUCAUUGACGAAUAUUAAAAGAGGGCGAGAAUGAAAACUAACGAAUAACAAGCGAUUGUCGUAAGCAAAAGUUCAUGGCUUGUGUUUAGAGAGCUAGAAUUUUCGGAUCCGUAUCUUUCAUCACAUAUCCUUGAGACACAUUCGAGAUUCGAAAAAUCUGAGAAACCAUUUUAAUUAUUUUAAUGACAAAAGUUUUCGACGCGAAAACGAAAAUGACGAAGAAGUGUAAAAGAUCGUUAACGAUUAGCGAAUUUUCGGAGUCAAUAAUAGUACGAAAAACGACUUUCGACACGAUACGUAGAGUUUGUGCCUGUCUUUAUUUAUUUUCCUCCAACGAUUGUACUGUGCGAACGAACGAUGCGGUUCGUUUCUUUCGUACGUACAAAAAAACGACUCACGGGAGCCAAUAGUUUGUUUUUUCUUUUCUUUUCAGUAGAAAAAUCGAUUUUAAACAGGAAAUUCAUGCCGGAAAACCGGAUUAAUGACUAUCGAUAAAAAAAUCGAUCAUUUUCGCGGCUAGAUUAAAAAAGCGUGUUCACUGAUACCUAUUUCUUGUACGUAAAAGCGAAACGAAAAACAAAAAAAUAUGAAAGAAAAUUAGAAUGACUUUGAAAUUGUAUUUCUGGUAGAGAAAAAUAAUACAUUCCUGACGUAGAAUGAUUAGUACAGCGAGAACCGUACCUGCCCGAAUUGACCAGACAAAAAAAUCGAUUUCGCCUCCUACACGAGAAUCACUCACAGAAAAAAAACAAUCAAGGUUUACCGGAAGCAUAAUCGUAAUAUAAAAAUCAGUCAUACACCGAUGUCGAGCAAAAAACAGAGAAAACAAAAACAGAAGAAAAUAUACAUAUUUAUAUUUAAUAAAGCUUCGUCGUGAGGGAAAAGAAAAAAAGUAAGAAAACGAAGGAAAAAAGUUGUAUUUCGAGGAAAAAGAUUGAAACAAAUAUACGAUAAUAAUAAACGCAAGAUUUUAUUAGUUCGUAACGUUGAAGACUUUCGAAUUUAUCGAUCAAUAUGUCUGUAACAUAUUGUUAGUCAAAUUUAUGGUGACCGUUAGUAUUCACCGCAUAGAAAUAUUCUUGCAAACGGAUUAUAAAAGUCUUAGAAAUAUUUAGAUGAAAAUGAAUGAAAGACAAAGUUUUAAGGAGAGAAGAAAAAAACACAAAUAAAUAGAGCCGCGAACUUGAAAUCCAAGGAGAUGAUUAUGCUUAAGGAUGAGAUGUGUAACUGAAGUAAGAGAAAAUCUAUUUUUCUUUUACACAAAAACGUCGAUAACACCAAUUAACCAAUUAACGAAUAAUUGUUUCAAACAAUAGAAACAAAUAUCUAAAGAAACAAAACGAAGAGAGAUCAUCAGAAAAUAUUUAGUUUCUCUUAUUGUACACUUAGAAUUUGUCGAAAAUAAAACGCAGUGACCGGACAAUUUGAAGACACCAUAGUAAAAGUUCGUAACAAAUAAAAGUAACAAUAAAUAAAAGAAAAAGAAAACAGAAAUAAAAAACGACCGAUAGAUUAAUAUACAUGUUCAUAGCAGUUGUAAAUAUGUGGUAAACACCAUAAAGACUCAUUUGUUCACCCUA